CCUUGUGCUUAGCAUGGAUAGCUCUUCUGUUCGCCACUGUUGGGUCAGUGUAAGGAGACCCAUUUAAACCCAAUGUUUGGGUUUAAAUGAGGCGACGCCAACGCAGAACCAGAUUAGUAAACGAACUAGAGCAAACUGGACUCUUUGUUAGCUGCUGUUAACAUGAUUAGCUCGCGUUAGCAGCCAGGGGCCAGGCCACAUAGCUGUUAGCCUGAUAGCCAAUCACCGAGCGAGGAUGGAAGGAUGGUAAGCAGCCAGCCCAAGUACGACCUAAUCCAGGAGGUGGGGCGCGGCAGUUACGGUGUGGUCUAUGAGGCAGUAGUAAAGCGCUCGGGGGCCCGGGUGGCAGUGAAGAAGAUCCGCUGCCAUUCUCCAGAGAAUGUGGAACUGGCCCUGAGGGAAUUCUGGGCGCUGAGCAGCAUUCAGAGCCAGCACCCAAACGUAAUCCACCUGGAGGAGUGUAUCCUGCAGCGGGACCAUCUGGCCCAGAGGAUGAACCACGGCUCUAGCUCACCGCUCUACCUUGAGCUGGUGGAGACAUCUCUGAAGGGGGAGAUCACCUUUGACCCAUGCUGUGCCUACUACCUGUGGUUCGUCAUGGACUUCUGCGAUGGAGGGGACAUGAACGCCUACCUGCUGUCCCGUAAGCCCAGCCGCAAGACCAACACCAGCUUUAUGCUGCAGCUGGGCAGUGCUUUGGCCUUCCUGCACCGCAACCAGAUCAUACACCGCGACCUCAAACCAGACAACAUCCUCAUCUCGCAGGCGUGCACACCCACUGGCUCCUCUGAGCCCACCCUCAAAGUGGCAGACUUCGGUCUCAGCAAAGUCUGCUCCGCCUCAGGGCUCAACCCUGAGGAGCCAGCCAGCGUCAACAAAUGCUUCCUGUCCACGGCGUGCGGGACGGACUUCUACAUGGCCCCGGAGGUCUGGGAAGGCCACUACACAGCCAAGGCUGACAUCUUUGCUCUAGGAGUGAUCUUCUGGGCCAUGGUAGAGCGCAUCACGUUUGUGGACGUGGAGACCCAGAAGGAGCUGUUGGGAAGCUACGUGCAGCAGGGCUCGGAGAUCGUACCGCUGGGAGAGGCCCUGUUGGAGAACCCAAAGAUGGAGCUGCUGAUCCCGGCCAGAAAGAAAAGCAUGAACAGCCACAUGAAGCAGUUAAUCCGGGAGAUGCUGUCAGCCAACCCCCAGGAACGGCCUGACGCCUUUGAACUGGAGCUCAGACUGGUCCGGAUUGCCUGCAGAGAGCUAGACUGGGACACGUGAUAAACGAGUGUGUGUGUGUGUAUGUAUGUGUGCGUGCGUGUAUGUGUGUGUGGCAUUAUGAACUCCUCCCAUCGUGCACAUGUACACAUCUCUUCAUUCGCUCUUAACCCAUCCUUCUUUCCAUGAAAAUAAAUGACUGUAACGAGGGGGUGAUGAGAAUACACAUGGGUUGCAGCUUGGUCAGACAUUCAGUCUGUGUCCAAGUGCAUCCAGUCUUCUACUAGCUGUGUCUUUAUAUUGAAAGAGAGAGGUGCGACACCCACAGCUGCUGCUGCUGCUCCAGAACGCAGCGUCGUCUCAGGCCAUCCAGAACACUUCAGCCACUGCUUCCUCUCACACACCACAAGAACACAAUCGCCCAGAAAGUCAGAAGAGAAUGGCUACGACUUCACAACUUGUCUUCGAAUACCACCAUGACCCCGGUGCUGAUUACUACAAGAUGCAAUAUGAGACGGUGUCCUGUGAUUUUUACUCUGUAGGUUCUGCCUAAACUUGUUUCAUUCAAAUCAUCAAGAUUUGAGUCAGUUUUGGGGUCAGAUUCAGUUCUGCUUCGAAAGCUCAGGUAAUAACAUUCAUCAUGGUGGUAUUUGUGGACAGAUAUCCGGUGUUGAUAUCAGUGUUUUUCCGUGUUCUUAGAAGCAGGGAGAAAACCAAAUGUUGGAACUUGAACAUGACUUGGUUUGCCUGAGUGGGUGGAGAUCAUUUUUUUCACCCGAUAUCCAGCCACAAAGAGCUCAUCUUUGGUAUGCUUCUUUCUUUGCUUCUGAACUGCAAACUUGAAGAUAAGUUGACUGGCUCCAGAUGCACCCAUAACCAGUUCACCAGAAUGUAUGAAGCUCCAGAACAGUCAGUUUUCUUUCCACCCAGCCUUAAAUGCAUCACUCAACCUGUCAGAUUAAACCAGAUCAUUCAGGUUUAUUGUGCUCAUGUAACCUAAAUGUUGUGCUUACCAAAGCUUGUGUUUUUUCAUGGUUUUUCAGAACACACGAGUAAAACGGUUUGGCUUUUCAUAUACAUACCUUUCGCUGGUUUCUUAUGUCUUGUUUCCAUGGAGUGGUAUGGUACAGGUUGAUGUAGUUUGGUAUGCUAUUUUGUCCAUUUCCAUUGCUGAUGCAUACGGUUGCAGGUCUAUGGGACAAUAGCAAUGUCAGAAUGGAGCUACUCGUUCACACAACCUUUGAUUGGAGGACAGAAGUGAUGAGCACUAGACACACUUGUGUGACGUUUGUUGUCACAGUAGUAUCACGCUAUGUUUGGGUUUAACUCUGUCUGCUCACUGACUCCCAUUACUGGUCGAAAAUCCUAAAGACUAUAAAAUAUUGAACCAUGCCAUACCACCCUGUAGAAAGGAGAAUGUUGAUCACAGGGUACCUCAAAUCUUUUCAUCCUGAUGGUUAAGAACAAGCCAACCGGUCAUUGAGUCUCUAUAGAUCUGCUUUGCCAGGCAUUUGGGAUUGCUUUGGUGCGGAGGGCUUUAGAAAUACAGAUGGAUCAUCAAGUGAAGGUGAAGGUUUAGGUAAUACUAAACCUUCUGAUUCUCAGGAAGGUUUAGUAUGAAAAGAUUGUCUGACAACCUCAUAAGAGUUUAGAAUGUUUUUGUAGUUCAACCCAAUUUCGAUACUUUCUAAUUUUGGAUAAGUGUUAAAAUUUUUCAUAUUCAGCAGCUACUUCUGCUGUACACCCUAAGUUAGCUGCAAAAUACAUAAUUAGUUACAUGGAAUAUAGCAUUCCUGUGUGCUGAAAUUUGAAACUUUUGAUGUAAAGAACACUUAAGGUUCUCAACAUCAAGUCACUACAUCAGGGAUGAAUGGAAAGAACCUUGACAUGUUGGUUAUCCAACAUGUUGAGGUGGCCAACCUACCUACUAAUACGUUGGCCAUCCAAUCAUGAUAAAGUUAUGUCUCUUUGCUCAUAAGCUACUUGGUUAUGAGGACAAAUCUGCCUCUUCCUGUCGUUAUUUGAAUUAAAAGGGCUAGUGUUGCACCACCAAAGAUUUGACUUAUUUAAUAUUUCAUGUCUCUUUAAGAAUUAUUAUAAUUUCAAAACCUUCCUGCUGUCAUUAGUCAAUUAUUAGAAACAGAGACCAAAUGAUUUGGAUUUAAAUGGCAAUUGGCAUUAGCAAGUGUAAGCAGUCCUUGCAGACUAAGUAGUCUGACUUUCCAAAAGCCCAACUAGAGCUGUUGUAAAAGAAUACUUUGGUAAUCGAGUAGUCUAUCGAUUAAUUUGUUUCCGAGUAAUCGGAUCUCUCACUCUUUUCUCUUUGUCGUAUUCCAAGCAUUUUUGCAGUCAAUUUAAAAAUGCUUAUUUGUCGCCCCAAAAACCCAGAGACUUUGAUGUUCUGCUGCUAACACACAGCAACAACUCCUUGGCGGAAGUGAACACACUGCCCAACACGGUGCGCUAAAUAAUGAAACCUAAUUUUCAGGAAACUUCGAAUCAGAUAAAUUUUUCUCAAGGAAUUUUAAUAAUCCGGGUACUUGAAUCGUUACAGCCCAAAGCCCAACAUUCCCAAAUGCAUCUUCUGCCACACCAGAACAAAGCUAAAGGCUCCAGAGGAUAAAACGGCUGCUUUCAGUCUUCCUACUAUCCAGAAGAUGGCUGACUUUGAGUCAUCUUGUGGUAAUAACUAACAUAAUUUUCACUGUCUGGGUUUCUGAUGGUGAGUUCAAAGAUCAGGAAAAAAACAAUUGUGAGAAACAGUCACCAGCCAGUUUCUUGAUGCAUUUCUAGAAGAGAGUUUCCUCUCCUGAUGAAGAGGUUUAAGCUGCUGGUUCUUUUAGCCUCAGGUUGAAGAGUCCAGGUUGCUUUGCUGAGCACAACGUUGGAGCCUGUAAGUAGCUGCAGUAGAUCUGAAUGAUCCAUGAAGGUUGAAAAAAAGUGACUCCAACUCCAGUGUUUCUUCAGAAGCUGCUUAAUAAUGUGAAGUAGAAGCUGCCUGUACUGUAGCGGCAGCUCCAUGAAUAGUCCCGUCUGAGCCCGUUCCAGACUGAAUGUGUUCAACACGCCGGGACGCAGCGAAAGCACUUUUAUUUAGCUGUCUGUAUUUGUCCCUGCUGCGUGAUGUAAAGGACUGUGAUGCAGGAUCGGCUGAUGACAGCGUUUGUAUUGCUGCAGCAGCCCGAACCGUGAGGGGUUGGGGCUCCUCCAUGAGCCAGAGGAACUCUCCUUCCACAAAACAGCUGUUUGACUCUCAUCUCCCACUCACCACACAGCAUCCUCUUUGGCUCUGAAUUUUCCAGUAACCCAUUUGCUCAUGCUCCUUAGCAGCUAAUCCAAAACCUGUUGCAGAACUUGGCAGGAGAUCAUGUUGGAUACCCUUUUUUUUUUUGUCCUAUCAAAUGUAAUACUUCAACAUAUUUUUACAGGAAGCCAGAAAGGUCAGCCAGUGUUAGCGUUUUCUUUGCUGUGGUAGAAAAUUAAAUUUCCUUCCAUUCAUCUCCAAGUUGGCCUUUUAUUCCUUCUCCCCUCAUUCAGCUACACGUCUCCAUGCAGGACAUCUGGUGCUUCGGACAUUGCAAAGUUUACUGCGGCUUUCAGUACAAGCAGCAAAGAUUGAAGUAAAGUAGGCCACCCAUCAUCCUCAGCUCCACACAGAGCAGAGGAUGAUGGGUAGAGAUGUUUCUGCUGCUGCCCUUCUGGAGAAGACGUCAUGGAAGAAGACGUGGCUUCCUGUCAGGUCUGGGUUAUCAGAUGCCCCUUUCCUUCUGACUUACUGUAUUUAGUUUUGCACAUGUGUAAAUACUGUAAAGGAUCAAUGGGACUGAUGAGGCUGUACAUAUGAGGUGCUGUGCUCUGUUUUUAGAGCCUGAUUGUAAAUUGUUACAAUGGCUUCAGUUGAGAUGUGAGGAUGGUGAAAAGUGUGUUUCAUUGGCCGGUUUGUGGUCUUGUGAAAAAAACAAAACAAAUGUACAUCAUGGAUGAUGUCUCCUGUCCUCUAUGUGUGAUUGGGGCAUUCUGGAAAUAAAAUGGGAGUUUUUUUUUGUAUUUAUUUUUAAACCAUCAUUCAAUGUUCCUAUUCUAGAGAGCGCUCACCCAGGAUCACCAUAAUGCUGAACCUCCCUGCUGGACAUUGUAGUCACCAAAUGGUGUUCAGAUUCACAGUUUAAGUUUGAAUCAAAUAAACCUGUUACUGUGGACCCUU